AUGGAGAACGCACUUCCAAUUCCCACCGAGAAGAAGGCUCUCUUCGCGAAAGUUCGAGAGUUCGUGGAAAUCUACAUGUCCGCGUACGACUCAUCUCACGAUUGGUCGCACAUCCAACGCGUGACCUCGAACGGCCUGCGCAUUUUCCUCGGUGAGAAGGAGACAAAUCCUUCCUUUACUGCUACCCUCGACACUACCGCUAUCUUUCUCGGCUGCCUAAUACACGACGUUGGCGACUAUAAGUAUGUCACCGGCAUACCCAACCCGAACGAGAUCUCCGACGCCCUCGUCAAACUAGGCGCCGACGCCGAACUUGCGAUGAAGGUGCAGGAGAUCGGCACCUGGGUCUCGUACUCUAAGGAGGUGAAGAAUCCAGAGAUCACAAAAGCGAUGCUCGAGAAGCAUCCGGAACUACGGAUCGUCCAAGAUGCGGAUCGAUUGGAUGCGAUUGGGGCUGUGGGAGUUGGUCGAUGCUUCACAUACCAUGGAGCCAAGGGGACGGGUUCGAUGCAGAACUCGAUCGACCACUAUGACGAGAAACUGCUGAAGAUUGAGUAUAUGAUGAAGACGGAGACAGGCACGAAGAUGGCAAAGGAGCGGACAGAGAUCCUGAGGAUGAUCAAGGAGGCUUGGGAGAAAGAGACAGAGUUGGCAUUUUGA